AGCAGCUGCAGUUCACAUCUCAGUCAGUACCUAGCAGAGCUGCUGGUGCCUCCACAGAACACCUCCUGACCGCGGCCCCUGGCUGACUGAGGUGAGGCACCAACCCAGGGACUUCCCAGCCGCUGGCCCCCGACUUGGGCACAAGGCUAAGUCUUGCCUCCUGACCUUAUCUUCCUUGACAAGUGACCCCUGAGACGAGUCACUGGGCACCCCUGCAGCCUCUUUCUAUGACUCCGUCUGGAUUUGGCUGGUUGUGGGGACAAGCUCCAAGGGGCCGCUUGGGUCUCAGUGCAGCAGUAGCAGCCAGCUCUCCAGGCACCAUGGUGAAUGCCGGGAACUGAGGGGACAGCCUCUGCAGCCUCCGUGGAGGCAAUAGGCCUCCUGCAUUCUCUCCCGCUGCUGCUGCAGGCCAGGAUGGAGAAUAAAGCCAUGUACCUGCACACCGUGAGUGACCGUGACACCAGUUCCAUCUUUGAGGAGCCCUUUGAUGGCAGGAGCCUGUCCAAGCUGAACCUGUGCGAGGAUGGUCCAUGCCAGAAACGACGGGCCGGUGGCUGCUGUACCCAGCUGGGCUCUCUGUCAGCCCUGAAGCAUGCUGUCCUGGGGCUCUACCUGCUGGUCUUCCUGAUUCUCGUGGGCAUCUUCAUUUUAGCAGUGUCCAGGCCCCGGAGCUCCCCAGAUGACCUGAAGGCGUUGACUCGCAACGUGAACCGGCUGAACGAGAGCUUCCGGGACCUGCAGCUAAGGCUGCUGCAGGCUCCGUUGCAGGCAGACCUGACCGAACAGGUGUGGAAGGUGCAGGAUGCCCUGCAGAACCAAUCGGACUCACUGCUGGCCCUGGCUGGCGCGGUGCAGCGGCUGGAGGGCGCGUUGUGGGGGCUGCAGGCGCAGGCGGCGCAGACAGAGCAGGCGGUGGCCCUGCUGCGGGACCGCACAGGCCAGCAGAGCGACGCAGCGCAGCUGGAGCUCUACCAGCUGCAGGUGGAGAGCAACCGCAGCCAGCUGCUGCUGGGGCGCCAUGCAGGCCUGCUCGACGGGCUGGCGCGCAGGGUGGUCGUCCUGGGCGAGGAGCUGGCCGACGUGGGUGGUGCCUUGCGUGGCCUCAACUACAGCCUGUCCUACGACGUGGCCCUCCACAGCACGCGGCUGCUGGACCUGCAGGUGCUGGUGAGUAACGCCAGCGAGGACACACGCCGCAUGCGCCUGAUGCACAUGGGCAUGGAGCUGCAGCUCAAGCAGGAGCUGGCCAUGCUCAACACCAUCACGGAGGACCUGCGCCUCAAGGACUGGGAGCACGCCAUCGCUCUGAGGAACAUCUCCCUGGCCAAAGGACCACCUGGCCCAAAAGGUGAUCAGGGUGACGAAGGGAAGGAAGGCGAGCCUGGAAUCCCUGGAUUACCUGGACUUCGAGGUCUGCCAGGAGAGAGAGGAACCCCAGGACUGCCCGGCCCCAAGGGCGAUGAUGGGAAGCCAGGAGCCAUAGGAGCAAUGGGCAUGCGUGGGUUCAAAGGUGACCGAGGCCCAAAAGGAGAGAAAGGAGAGAAAGGAGACAGAGCAGGAGAUGCCAGUGGCUUGGAGGCGUUGAUGGUGCGGCUGGUAAACGGCUCGGGGCCGCAUGAGGGCCGUGUGGAGGUGUACCAUGACCGGCGCUGGUGGGGCACCGUGUGCGAUGACGGCUGGGACAAGAAGGACGGGGACGUGGUGUGCCGCAUGCUGGGCUUCCGGGGCUCGCAGGAAGUGGCCCGGACGGCUAAAUUUGGGCAAGGCACAGGGAGGAUUUGGAUGGAUGAUGUCGCCUGCAAGGGCACAGAGGAUAGCAUCUUCAGCUGCAGCUUCUCCAAAUGGGGGGUAACAAACUGCGGGCAUGCUGAGGAUGCUGGGGUGACGUGCAGCAGACACUGAAAGCAGACACAGCCAAGGUCCAGGCCCUACUGCCCAGCCUCCUUCCUGCAUUCCUGGGGUGGGGCCAUGGCGUGGGGCUCCCUUGAUGACACCUCUUCCCUGCCUAGUCCAGCAGCCCCCAACCCCAUUAUCCAUAUCCCAGGACCAUGGUGGCCCGUUGUCAUUCUCCUCUUGGACAUCUGCUCCAAAUAACUCUGGGAUCUACUGCUUGUCUCUCCCUUCCACCAGAGUUCCUACAUGUGGAGCCCCGGUCAACUGGAUGGCCAUGUUGCCUUGCCUCCUAAACACCAUGCGUCAGGCCUCGAUAUCCAUGUGCCCAUUUGUCUGUCAGUUACAGGUGAAUUCAGAGAGUACGUUGAAGACAAAUGCUGCCGUGAGGAUGGGAGGGAGUUAUAAGAGAUCAUUCACAGUUUAGAUAAUUCCCAAACCUCAGGCCAAGAGUUUUGAUAUCUCUUCCUUCCCAGCAAGAGACAAUACUGAAGAUUCAUUUUCCCCUCUUUACUCUGGCUCUGCACACCUUUGUUAGUUUGGGGAAGUGACACAGAGGAGAGGCCAGCUGUCGGAAGGAGAGGGAAAUGCAAGUCACCUGCAGGAAUUCAUCUGGAUUUGGAGAAGGGGAGUGAAACGAACACUUAUUGAGUGACUGCCAUGUGUGCUACCUAGUAUCUUGAGUGCUCAAUUAUUUAUCCACUUUGCAGCGUUUCUACAAGGCAUGUUAGCUUAGGUAAGUAAGACCUUACCUCCGAGUAGCGCUCCACUGACCCAUUCACCUGGCCUAUCAGUCAUAAAAUUGAGAAUGACAGAGACUGUUGUUUCCACCUGAACCUUCGAGCGCCUUUGCUAGGCUUGAGCAAGAAACUCAGGUGCAAGACCUGUGUGACUAGAAGGUUACAUACUCCAAAGCCUAUGGGGUGUGACUGCACGAUCAGCCACGACUGGCUUCCACGCCAACCAUCCACAUAGGAGGACAGGUGGUUUGGAGGGUGACAUAGGGGCUGUUGGGGUUACACCGAGACCAGCACUCAGUCAUCUGGCAGUCAGGGUUAAAGCCAAGUAUCUCAGAGCUGUUUGGAGGUGAUGAUGUUGAACCUUCCAGGUCUCUUUGCAUGUGAUCCUGUGGUCAGGAGGACACAUGUCCUGAUGCGCUCUAGAGGCAUAGAAAGAAAUGGGAUUCCUUAUCAUCUCUGGUGAAAGAAAGGGCCCUGGGCCUCUGCAAAUCCUCAAUCUGUACCCCUCUCCCAGUGCUAGGUGGAUCGUAUUCUGCUUUUGAUACAAGGAAAAGGUCAAACUGGGCCAUCUACGUGUUCUAGGACUAGGAGAGCCACAUCGUGGUGAGGGAGCACAGACCCACCUCACUUGGGGGUGUCCCAGACUCACAGGCACCUGUCACCUAUCAUAUUGGGUGAGCAUCACCCUGCGUGGGGGAUACUGGCACCUGGCACCCUCCAGGUGUGGGACCAGCAAAGUUCCUGGCUGACAACUAAACCAAUAUGUGCUAUUGGUUCUUUGCUUACAGUAUGCUUGUUAUUCAUUAAUGUCCUAAUGAUCAGAGACUCUCCUUCUGACCAAUUGCUAUGUUUACAUAACACGCAUGUACUCAUGCAUUUUUUUCCAGAGCCAAUAUAUAUAUAUGCAUAUAUAAACAUAGCACGGUUUACCGCAUAGCUCAGCACAUUGCAAAGUUUGAUUAAAAAAAAUGACCAGAGGUGGAAAGAUAUCACAUGAACUGAAAUAGAUUCCCAGGUUAGUUCUGGCAAAGAACCCAGUUACGCCACUGAUGAAGACCGGCAUGCCAUUCUUAUUCGGUCUUUUCAUUUGAGAAAAUGAAAAUCUUGUUUUACAUCAAAUAAAAAUGAUGGUGAUAAGUGUUUGAACCUUAAAAAUAAAAGUCUACUAGUUUACAUACCUACUUAAGAGGACAUGGAAAUCACCAUGGACCUGUAUUUCAGGGACUAACGGCAAUUAGGCCUGGCCUAAAAUACAUCAGAACUUUUGUAAGGAAGAAUUUCAAUAAAGCUAAAACCAUGUCACUGACAAGCUUUGCAUCACAUUCUUCUUUCUUGUGAAAACCCAUGAUCACGGGGAGCACUGGUGAGAAUUGGAUGGUGGGAUGGUGGAAUUCUCAGUGGGGAUUGUGGUAAAAUGGACAGCUUAUGAGAAGCUGCCUUCAUACUUCUGGAGGACAACAAAGAGCGUAAACCAAGAACAUGGUGGAACAUGAAGUCUCAAGCCUUGUUUGGUCACCUCAGGAAAGAGUCCCAAAGCAACAGAGCAAUAAUCAAGGCCCUGCUUGUAAGAGAAUUGCUUUUGUAGUCAGUGAGGGAAACAACACCUAUCUAUUUCCUUACAUCUCCAGAGUUUUUACUCAGGGAUGUGCUUCCGUCUGGAGUUCUAUUCACACGAAGAAGAUCGCCCUGAGGUAGGUACAAGGUCUGUGAAGUCUCUGGGCCUCAUCACUUAAGGAGAGGCAGGUCCUCCCAGGCUCAGGACCUAAG